AAAAAGGAAAAAGAAAAACACUGCGUCCCUCCCACCGCGGUCCGCCCCCAUCUUCCGCAAACCCUACCACGCAACGCCGUCCCGCCGCCGCCGGUUUCCUCUGCUCCGCCAACGCGGGCGACUAGCGAGCCAGCCGCGAGCGGGAUGGAGGAGGAGGAGGAGGCGCGACCUGUGCCCACGGCGGACAGCAACCAGGAAGCUCCGGUGCUGCCCCCGGAGGUCAUCACGGAGAUCCUCGCCCGGCUGCCAGCCAAGUCGGUGGGGCGAUUCCGCUGCGUCUCCCGCGCGUGGUGCGCCAUGCUCUCGACGGCCUACUUCGUCGACCUUCACUUGCGGUGCGCCAACCGGCCGGACCACCCCAGACUGCUCCUCACAGCGGUAGGGUCCGGCUACGACGGCCAUCUCCAUUCGUGGCGUCCCGGUGGUGCGGUCGAGAAGCUCAAGCCCGACGAUUUCUCGGAUGGGGUAAUCGUGCCUGUAACUAAGCCUUGCCGUGGUCUUAUCCUCGUCCGCGGCGCCGGCUACUGCGGGUACUUCGUCUGCAACCCUUCCACAGGUGAUGUACUGGCUCUCCCAGAUACCGAGGCCCCGAUGAAGACGACUCAGCGGACUAAAUUGUUUCAGCCCCAUCCGCCACCGUUGUUCUUUGAUGUAUCUUACGGUCUUGGUUACUGCACAGUGAGGAAGGAAUUCAAGGUAGUGCGAUUGUUCUGCGACCCUGAGAUUGAAACUGGCUUAGCGAUAGCCACAAACUGCGAGGUGUUUGUCCUUGACAGACCUGCAUACUGGAGGCCAACAGCUGAAGAGCCUCCCUUGCGCUGGGUGGUGGAAAAUAAGCCAGCUGUUUUCUUAAACGGAUAUCUGCACUUCCUCUGCCAUGAUGGUAGCAUCGUCACUUUCAGAAUCAGUGAUGAGACCUUUGGUUUGUUGCCACCACCGUCUUGUUUCGAGAAUGCAGCAUCUGUGAUGACGGAGCUGGAUGGGUGCUUAUGCUUGUGCUAUGGAGAACCAGAUAGUGAAGAUCUCUAUCAUGUAUCUUUCCUAAGAGGUUACAAUGAAGCCCGGUGGGAGACAUUGUGUUCCAUUGAUCGAACAACUUGGCUGGAAACUGAGCGCAUGCUACUGGACUCGCUCUGGAUGGCCCCAUUAGGCAUAUACUUUUCAGAUGGUGGACAAAAGAUCAUGUUCGGUACAGGUGCUUGCAAGGUGUUUGCGGUAGACGUAGAUGGCAGUGCCCCACAGAUUUUAUUCACACCAGAUGACACUAUCAUUGGCAGUUGUGAGGAUGAUAAUCUCCCAGUACUAGGUCUGUAUGACGAGAGUCUUGUCCCUGUAGGCCGCACAAUUGAAGAGAUUAUUUCCUCAUCACCAAGAGCUGAAGCUUGGUUUGACAUCCUCAAGUGGUUACCAGUGCGCUCUGUUUUGGAGUUGAGCUUGGUAUGCCGGGAGUGGCGUGCAAUGAUCAUGACAGAUCACUUUAUCCAAUCACAUGUUAUUCAUGCAAACUUGAAUAAGAGCCCCCGGAUCAUGUUCAUCAUGGAUCCCCGCUUUGGUAUGUAUAUGGAUCUGGAGAAAUUUACUGAUGGACAUGGACCACACUUGAUUUCCGAUCUUGUAUGUUCCCAGCCUGUCCAUGGCCUUAAUGUGGGGAGCUGUGCUUUCUGGGACUUCGUAUGCAAUCCUGCCAUAGGGUACUGUGAGCACAUAUCAUUUGACGAUAAUGAUGGCACCUUCUUUGCUGGCCGCAUUGGGUUGGGAUACAACUCGGAGAUUAACAAGCAUGUUGUGGUGCAUAUUACCUACAAAGAGAAGAACCUGGAAACAAGAUAUUAUGAGGUGCAAUGCAAAAUGCGAUAUGUGAAUCAAGAGCAAUGGCGUUCACUAGACCCUCCUCCUAGACCAGUAGCUGCUGUGCCACCCACAUUUGUCAAUGGCAAGAUCUUCUGGAUGGUAGAGCCAAAUCUUGGGCCAGUUUCUGCAACAUGUGAAAUCGUGUCAUUUGAUGUCCAGACACUGGAAUUUGAAAUCUUGCAAGGUCCACCAUGCAGCCAUGACUGUGGGCAUAUGACCAUCCUCCAGCUUCACGGUGCACUUUGUGUGGCUUGUUCAGAUCGAAGAGUGAACACAAUUGAUGUAUGGAUGACGGAAGAUCAUGGCUUCUGGUUAAUGAAGUAUCAUAUAGAGCUCGAGAAGUUCUUGCCGGAUUACUUGUUGGAGAACACUACCCCGAUAGCUGUUGAUCCAAAGGAUGGACGUAUUUUGCUGAAUGCUGGUUGGUCAUUGGGCUACUAUGACCCCAAGACGUUAGAAAUUGAAACCAUCUACACUGAGAACAUCCCAGACCAUGGCAUCAAGUUCUGUCCUAUUAUCUGCCAUGAAAGUUUGGUCUGGCCAUUUAGCCCAUCCUGAUCUGGGAAUGGGUUGACAAAGCACUGCUGGUGAAGCUAUGCAGCUGAAUCUACGUGGGUGCCUUGUAUAUCUCUUCAUGAGUCCCAUUUAUCCUUGGUCCGUCUUAUGCGAAAAUUUGUAAUCCUAGCAAAGGCUAGUAAGUUUGAGUAAUUUAAUUGUUGAAUGCUUGGUGCCAGUAAGAUUUGUUUUAACAAAACAGUAAGAUUUGUUUUUUUACUGGCGCUUGGCUGAACUUUAAAUUCUUUGGCCUUUACCAAUAUUCGUGAUUUGUACUGUGAAACUAGUACAUAUAUAUUUUAGUUCUAAAAAUUGUAUGACCAUCUGAAGAUGAGGGAUAAGGAAAUGAUACCCUCACUCUUCGACAGAAGAGUAAAAUCUGCAAAACUUUCUA